CGGCCAAUUAAACCCUGCAUUGGAUGAAACUUAUACCUUCCUUAAUAAACUGCUUCCUGAAUUAGCUUCUUACUUCAAUGACAAAUAUUAUCAUGCUGGUGGAGAUGAAGUAAACCUAAAUUGCUGGAAUACAACUCCAUCAAUCAUUGAAUACCUAUAUCAGAAUUCGGAUUCAUCCAUUGAGACGCUUCUCUCUAAAUUUGUUAAUGAAACUCAUAAAAUUGUUCGUAAUUCAGGAAAAUUGCCGAUAACAUGGCAAGAAAUGAUUGUUAAUCACACUCUGCCAUUGAAAAAGGAUACUUUGGUUCAAGUGUGGACUAAUAAAGAUAUAAUUAAGAAGGUUGUGAAGAAAGGAUAUAGAGUCAUCACAGGGAGCAGUGAUUAUUGGUAUUUAGACUGCGGGCACGGUGGAUGGGUCGGAAAUGAUAUCUAUAAUGUUAAUAAUUUCAUUUGUAGGUGCGAUCCAUUUAAAACUUGGCAAAAGAUAUAUUCUUUCAAUCCAAUUGAUGGAUUAACCGAUGAAGAAGCUAAAUUGAUUAUAGGAGGCGAGGUCCAAUUAUGGUCAGAACAAGCUGAUCCGACAAAUUUAGAAACUCUCUUAUGGCCACGUUCAUCUGCAGCUGCUGAGGUUUUGUGGUCAGGACCUUAUGACACUUCUAAAAAAAUUCGAACUCCAGAUAAGGAUGCGUUAGCACGGUUAACUGAUUGGAGAUUUAGAAUGGUAGAAAGGGGCGUAAAUGCUGUUCCAUUACAACCUUUGUG